CAAACAAAACAUCCCAACGACUCGUGCCGUGUACCGUACUGUUCCAYAACGAAAAAAGUAUUACUCGUAACACACGGUGAGAGUUCCAUUCAACUUCUUGGUUUUGCCGUUCUCCUCCGCUCUUUAACUCUACAGCAGCAAUCACUCGAAACUAGAAGGAUUGCCUGCAUCUGUCUGCAAAGUCCGAUCGCAAUUGAUAAAUUGAGAUUGAUUCAUUUCGCAACCACAGGUCAACAACAAUCGCAACCAAGGAGAAACGAAUAAGCAAAAAUGAGUUCUGUAGACUCCGGAGAUCUUCCUCCCGCUUCCAAUGAGGACGAUAUCGCUCCGAGCGGCGGCGAGGCUGGUUCCACGAGCCCYGUUCCCGAAGUCCAGGGAGGCGAGGCCACCGAGAAAAGCGCGCCGGCAACCGCAACCUCGAACGAUACAACAGCGGCCUCCACGACGCCGAAAAAACCAACAAAGAGCGGCAGCCAGCCAUCGGCGAACGGGGGCCCCCCGUCCGCCAUCGAGUUUGAACCCCCCGUAGCUUGCGUCCGGAGGAUCCUAAAGAAGACCCUUCCCUCGUCGAGCAACGUUGGAAAGGAUGCCGUGGCGGCCUUUKCCCGCGCCAGCGGUAUUUUCAUCAUUUAUCUGACGGCUUGUGCCAACGAUUUCGCUAGAGAAAACCGGCGGCAAACCAUCACGGCCAACGACGUUCUAGCGGCCAUCAAGGUGGGUAGAUGAUUGUUGUUGUUUCCUCUGAUUCCCACCCGAAAUCCUUGUGCCGUUGGUCAGGGGGGCAAAUGGAUCGAUUGGUCUGUUGCAAGUCAGAUUCUCGGAACUGCCUUCCAAUUAUUUCUGUGAGGAGAACCCUCGGGAAUCACUCACCAUGCUCGCACUCACUUGCUUUGCUACAUUUCCUUCGCCUCUCGCAAACGAUCCGCAACCUYAACUCUAGGAACUCGAAUUCGAAGAAUUUGCUCCCGAACUGACCACCUUUUUGGAACGUUAUCGCGAGCUGGAAAAGAACAAGAAGAAUGCCAAACUAGCAUCMAAGGCAGCCGCCGAGAAAGAAAAAUCCUUGUUGAACAACGAUGAUGCUAGCAAGGAAGAUGUCGCUGCCAGGGACGGUGCAAAGAAAUCCGGUGACGAAAAGGACGAAUCUUCCAAGCCAGAAGAAGAGGAGGAGUCUACAACGACAGCCCAGCAACCAAACGAUGCCGAUGCCGGCGACAACGAUGUGUCGAUGGAUCCUGAAGACGAGGACGAAGAUAUCGGGGGAAACAAAAACGACGACGACGACGACGACGACGCAGCCACUAGUGGUACUGGUAAUGACAAUGGGGGAGAUGCAGAAACCGACAAGGCGGAGGAGGAUGCCAAUGCAAUGGAAGAGUAGAGCAAUUCGAUCGCGGAACGAUUUCACAAUUGCAUCAUGAUACGCUAGAAAAGGAGUUGUAGUUUAAGAAACUAGGGAGAUUGCAUAGCAAACAUUAUAUUUCUACGAGACUUGGUUGUCUUGAAUGGAUAGGAACAAAGGCAAAAGUUGCUU